AUGGAUCCAUUUCCUGAGAACAGCAGCAGAACCAGUGAAGUUCUGGAGAUCAAACCAGCGGCUGAUCAAACUCUCCCUGAUGUAACUGAACCUCUGAUUGCAUCAGAAAACAUCAAACCUGCUGAAACCCAGACGGCCGACCUUCAUGAGCAGCUGCAACACCUAGAGAUAAGUGAGAGGAUGAAAUCCUGUUUGUCUCAGAGCUGUCCCUCAUGGAGUCAGGAUCUGUUAGACGUCAGUAUCUUACCCCGAGCUGCUAGUUUACCCAGCAUGAAGCUCCAGAGCAGCUUUGAGGAGUUCACUCCUGGUUUCUGUGGGGAUCCAGAUGAUGAAACCUUCUGGUUCCAGUGCUCCGGUCCAGGCCGGUACCAGUGCAGAGAGAGCGGCCUGGUGUUUGACAUGACGGGAGGAGGAGACGUGUUUUACAGGGUCGUUCCCUGGAACAGCAGAUUACUGAGCCCACAUGGCAAGAAGCCUGCAGGACCUCUGUUUGACAUCAGCUGCCAGCAGCGGUCUGUGGCUCGGCUUCAUCUCCCUCACUGUGAGGUCCGAUCCACAGGACSAUGUCACUUCCUGUCAGUCGCUCACCUCCAUGAUGAAGGCGUGGAGUUUAUCAGGCCUGAGAGGAUCACAGAGACUCACAUCRUCAUCAGCAUCACAGGGUUUUCUGCUUUUGGGAACGUCAAGGAUGAAGAUUCUCCUCCUGACCCGGUCCGAGCCUUGGUUCUGCUCUUCUACAGACCUCCAGCUGAUUCUGAGUCGGAACACGAGAUCAAUGUGUUGAUGCUGCCGAAAAACGUUGUUUUUAACAAAGUUCUGCGUUUCAGGAAGAAAUUAGACGAUAAUGAAAUUUUCCUGAAGACGCCUCCAGACUGCAAACUGCAGCCGAAUCAGGUUUACUCUCUGUCUGCCUCUCCUGGAGGCGACUCGGUUCUGGUUCAGCCCGAAGAGGCAGAGUUUGAUGCAGAAUCCUAUGACAACUACUUCACAAAGUUCCAGGUGGUUUAUGAGGAGAUGAUGAAACACAUCAGUCUGUCUCUGAGGGACAGCAGCUCCAGCAUCGUCUGGGAGAGACGGGUUUGUCUUUCUGCUGCUGGAGUCAGAGGAUCCAGUGGACCGACCCGGCAGAACCUCAGUCCACAGGAGCAGCUGAUGGAGAUAAGGAUCGACUUCAAGGAUGGAGUAUCUGGACCGGUUCUGCAGAGUCUGAUGGAUAAUCUGCUGAGGGAAAAAGUCAUCAAUGACUCUGAGAGGGAGGCGGUGGAGGCGGAGAAGGUCAGAGGAGACAGAGGUCGAGUUUUAAUCGACACGGUGAGGAAGAAAGGAGACGCUGCGAGUUCUGAGAUGAUCCGGUUCCUCUGUGAGCUCGACCCGUUUCUCUCUGAACAUCUGGGUCUGAUAAGUAAAAAGGAGCAUCACAUCAGCAUCACAGGGUUUUCUGCUUUUGGGAACGUCAAGGAUGAAGAUUCUCCUCCUGACCCGGUCCGAGCCUUGGUUCUGCUGUUCUACAGACCUCCAGCUGAUCCUGAUGUCACUUCCUUCCUGAAUCUGCUGCUUCUUCCAGGGAACAUUGUGAUCCGGGAUUUGAAGCGGACCAGGAGGAAAUUAUUUGGGCUGGAGACGUUCAUAGAUGUUCCUCCAAACUGCAAACUGCGUCCGAAGGAGACCUACUCUCUGUCCACCAGCCCUGCAGGAGAAUCGGUUCUGGUUCAGCCCACAGAAGCAGAGUUUGACCCAGAAUCCUACAACAGCUACUUCACCUCCAUCCAGGUGAUUCUCAGCAGCAUCACAGGAGACAUUAAGCUGAGUGUGAAGGAGAAGGAAACCUCCUGCUGCGUUUGGGAGAGACGUGUUUGUCUUUUAGCUCACAGAGUGAAACCGGGUCUGCCUUCUGAUGAGCAGCUGAAGGAAACCCGGACCAGAAUCAUCGAUGGGAUUUCAGAACCGGUUCUGCAGAGUCUGCUGGACAAACUGCUGGAGAAAAAAGUCCUGAGUGACUCUGAGAGAGAGGCGGUGGAGGCGGAAAAGGUCAGAGGAGACAAAGGUCGAGUUUUAGUCGACACGGUGAGGAGGAAAGGAGCCGAUGCGAGUUCUGAGAUGAUCCGGUUCCUCUGUGAGCUCGACCCGUUUCUCUGUAGACAUGUGGGGCUGAGCUUCCUUCCGGCUCGGUUGUCUCCAGCUUGACUCCUGAGCUCAGUGUGAGCCUCAUCCAGCCUCGGAGCUCCGC